CCUCUACACUUGAGAUGCUGUUUUAUCUGAACAAUUCUGAAGAACCAUUGGCUCCGAUAGAUAGUUUACGACGGCUUGACACCCGAGGUUAAGCUGCCUGCAACGCAAUUAACUGAACCCCUGUACCAUAUCUAGCCAUCAUGAAGAGACUUCUGUCAAUCUUGUUCCUCAUCUCCUUUGCGGCAUCAGAGACCGACUACCGAAACAUGUGGCGGUGGGUGAAUACCACCGGUGACAAUGUGCCCUACAACGCUGUAGUUGGAGGAAAGGACUCCGGUGAAGACACCUAUAUUUGUAGGGCUGAACAUGGCGGCGACGUUCUUCCAGGCAAGAUUGUACGCUCACAAAAUGUCUGCUACGUAUCGCACACUGGAAGCGAACAUGCCCAUCAUGCAUAUCAGGUGCUCGUACCGCUAGGCGAAAGCCAGUUCGACUGGGUACCGGAGUCUGAUGGUCGAUUGCCUCCAGGUGCGGUACAAGGCGGCGUGACGAAGUCCGGCGAGCCACUCUACAUCGGUCGGACUUCCCACAAAGGCACUCUCACCAAUGGAAAGAUCCACUGCUCGCUUAGUCGUCUUUACAUCCCGUACGGCUCAUUAGAGUUCGCUUACAGUUCCUACGAAGUACUUGUAAACUGCACUGAUGGUGAUAGUGGUGCUGAAAGGGCUCGCUGUAUGCCGCGUUGUUAACUUCUGAGCUGCAUCAAAACGACCCAAUACCGAUUUAAAGAGGAGCAGUCGAAUAAAGAGAAAUGUUCUUCCCAAUUAA